AUGUUAGCUGCCUUGAGAAAUAUCCCCAUAUACGAAGACUUGAAUUGGGGUCUAGCAUUCGUUGGAUUCACUUCCUCCCUCGGUGCUCUUGGGUUUGGCUAUGACAAUGGAUGGUGGGGUAGUGCUCUAGGACUCUCCGAGUUCAAGCGCAAAUAUGGCUCAUACAAUCCGACAUUGGAUGAAUGGAGCAUCCCAUCGGAAAAGCUGUCUGUUGGAACUGGCACUGGCUCAGCUGGUAUCAUUCUUGGCUGCAUAAUUUCUCCAAUUAUUACCUCGAAAUAUGGUCGCAAGGCUGGGUUCCUGGUCCUGUCACUACUCAUCACGCUUGGUGUUGUGCUGGAAGCCAGCGCUGUGACUUCCUUUUGGCAGAUUGUUGUUGGUAGAAUCAUUGUUUAUUCUGGCAUUGGACUCGCUUCAAAUGUUGUUCCAAUGUAUCUAUCUGAGUGCUCGCCACCACGUGUUCGAGGAGCAUUCCUUGCGAUCUACUCAUUCUUCACUUCACUCGGGGUGUUCAUUGCCACGUUGGUGGUGUACCUGUCGCGGAAUCGCACUGAUCAAUGGCAAUAUCUUAUCGUCAUCUGUUGUCAACUAUUUGUCCCACUCGGAUACUUCAUAGCGUUACCAUUCCUCCCCGAAUCACCGCGAUACCUCAUUUACAAGCAAAGAUAUCAAGAAGCAGAAGAGGUGAUGAGAAAACUCUACAAAAAGGACAACAUCGCACAAGAAGUCGAAAUACUCAAACUCCAAAUCGAAGAACAAAGAGAACUCCACAAAGCUACUUCCCUGUUGGACUGUUUCCAAGGGACUAACCUUCCCCGAACAAUCGCAUGCAUGGGCGUUCAGAUCCUACAACAAGCCCAAGGUGUCUCAUUUAUCCAAAACUUCAUCGUUACUUUCAUGCAACAACUCGGUUUCCCGGAUCCCCUCCGAACAAACGUCCUAGUCACCGGAUGCUCAUUCGCCAGCCACAUCAUCACAUUCAUCACCUUCGACCAACUAGGUCGUCGCUGGUCACUGAUUCUCGGCUCGAUCGGGCUAGCAGCGACAAUGAUAUCAACAGGUGGUGCCAUCGAAUCAAGCAAUAUUGUAGCCAAUCUAUCCCUACAAGCCAAGAAUGCUUGUGCAGCCCUUCUGAUUCUUUGGUACUGUAUUUAUGGCUUUACUUGGGGACCGGGAUGCUGGAUCGUCACCGGUGAAGUAGGAACGGGCCAGUUGCGUGAGCGCACCAUCUUUCUCGCUUCUAUGGGUAGCUUUUUGACGUCCGUUCCGAUCAACUUUGUCAACCCCUAUGUGCAGGCUAGUAUCGGCGGCCGUGUGACGUUUAUCUAUGGGGCGUUCUCAGUUGCGGCGCUGGUUUUCGUGUGGUUUUUUGUGCCUGAGACAAAGGGAAGGUCGCUGGAAAAUAUCGAUGAGAUGUUCCAGGCACAGGUUCCGGUGUGGAGGUUUAAUAGAUAUAUUUGUACUGGGUUGGGUGCACAAAUGGGGGGCAAGAAGUAUCCGGUCGGUCAUGCUGAUACUAACGAUGAGAAACGGGACGGUCCUACUACGGAGGAGGUGGAAUAG